AAUCUUGGUGUACUCCGUGCCUACACAUCAACAGCCAGCUCUGCAAAAGAUCGAAACAAGGCGAUGGCAUUAGGUAUUGCUUCGUUUGUGAUUGGCCAAUCCAUUGGACCCGGAAUGCAGAUCAAAAAUUGUCCAACCAAAGGCACCAAAGGCACUAAGGCACCAUGCAUGCUUCUAGGCACUAUUCACACCGAUCGGUGA